AUGGGACAUUCCAAAAACAACGAAGUUUCAGUCACAACAAAGCAUGACUAUGAUAGAGCAAGUGAGGUCAAAGCUUUUGAUGACACAAAAGAUGGUGUUAAAGGACUUGCUGAUGCAGGUGUCACAAAGAUCCCUCGCAUGUUCUACCAUUCCCAUCCUUUUGAUGAAUCUGAGAAGGACUCAGGCUUAGGAAGCACCCAACCUCCUUAUGUAGAUCUUGCAGGUAUUGAUGAAGACCCAACUAGAAGGAAAGUGGUUGUUGAGAAAAUUAGAGAAGUAUCUGAGACGUGGGGUUUCUUUCAAAUUGUUAAUCAUGGAAUACCAGUGAGUAUUCUGGAGGAGAUGAAGAAUGGAGUGCUAAGCUUCUAUGACCAAGACCCUAAGGUGAAAAGAGAACUAUACUCACGUGAUCCUAUGAAGCCUUUUGCGUACUAUAGCAACUUUGAUCUUUAUAGUUCAACUGAAGCUUAUUGGAGGGAUACCUUUUUCUGUUUUAUGGCUCCUCAUCCUCCCAAACCAGAAGACUUGCCAUCAGUAUGCAGAGAUAUAAUGCUGGAAUACACAAAGCAAGUUAUGAAGCUGGGAAGUUCAAUGUUUGAGUUAUUUUCAGAAGCCCUUGGGCUAAAUUCAAAUCAUUUAAAUGAUAUGGGUUGCAGUGAGGGACUUGCAGUUAUUGGCCAUUGUUAUCCUGCAUGUCCAGAACCAGAAUUGACUAUGGGCGCACCCAGGCAUACUGAUAGUGACUUUUUCACUGUGCUUCUUCAAGAUCAUAUUGGUGGCCUCCAAUUUCUUCACCAAAACAGGUGGGUUGAUGUAUCCCCGAUACCUGCGGCUCUGGUGAUCAACAUUGGUGAUCUUCUACAGCUAGUAACAAAUGACAAAUUUAAGAGUGUUGAGCACAGAGUGGUGGCGAACCAUGUAGGUCCACGAGUAUCAGUUGCAAGUUUUUUUAGCACGUGUCUUUCUCCAUCAGCAAAACGUUAUGGUCCAAUAAAGGAUUUACUAUCAGAAGAUGAUCCUCCAAAGUACAGGGAAACAACAGUCCAUGACUAUGUUGCUUACUCCGCUGCAGGACGCUUUGGUCCAACUCUUCCAUAUUUCAAGAUAUGA